CGCCCAGUCUGAGCCCGCCCCGCCGCCGAGCGUCACCGAACCUGCUUGAAAUGCAGCCGGGGAGCCGGGGCGGACGGCAGCGGUGGUGGUGGCGGCGGCGGCAGCGGCAGCUCCGGCGCCGGGGCAAGGACUUGGCGGGCUGAGGCGCGGCGGCGGCGCGGGGGGCGCGGGGCGCGGCGGCCGGAGCCCCGGGCCCGCCAUGGGCCGCCCAGAACGGGGCGCGCUCCGGCCGCUGGCGCUGUUGCUGCUGCUACUGCUGCUGCUGCAGCUCCAGCAUCUCUCCGCAGCGGAUCCGCUGCCCGGCGGCCAAGGGCCGGUCAAGGAGUGCGAAGAGGGCCAGUUUCGGUGUCGGAAUGAGCGCUGCAUCCCCUCAGUGUGGAGAUGCGACGAGGACAACGACUGUUCAGACAACAGCGACGAGGACGACUGCCCCAGGAGGACCUGUGCGGACAGCGACUUCACCUGUGACAACGGCCACUGCAUCCCAGAGCGCUGGAAGUGUGACGGUGAUGAGGAGUGUCCUGACGGAUCCGAUGAGUCCAAGGCCACUUGUUCCAGGGAAGAGUGUCCUGCUGAGAAGUUAAGCUGUGGACCCACCAGCCACAAGUGUGUGCCUGCCUCGUGGCGUUGUGAUGGAGAGAAGGACUGUGAAGGUGGAGCGGACGAGGCCGGCUGUCCUACCUUGUGCGCCCCGCACGAGUUCCAGUGCAGCAACCGCUCCUGCCUGGCCUCGGUGUUCGUGUGUGAUGGCGACGAUGACUGCGGCGACGGCAGUGACGAGCGCGGCUGCUCGGACCCCGCCUGCCCGCCCCGGGAGUUCCGCUGUGGAGGAGGCGGCGCCUGCAUCCCCGAGCGCUGGGUCUGCGACCGCCAGUUUGACUGCGAGGACCGCUCGGACGAGGCAGCCGAGCUCUGCGGGCGAGCCGGCCAGGAGACCACGGCAGCGGCCUGCGCCCCGGCCGCCCAGUUCACCUGCCGCAGUGGCGAGUGCAUACACCUGGGCUGGCGUUGCGAUGGCGACCGUGACUGCAAGGACAAGUCUGACGAGGCCGACUGCUCAGCACCAGGACCCUGCAGUGAGAACGAGUUCCAGUGUGGGGAUGGGACUUGUGUCCUUGCCAUCAGACGCUGCAACCUGGAACACGACUGCCCAGAUGGGAGCGAUGAAGCUGACUGCCUGCAGGAGUCAACUUGUGAGGGUCCCCGCAGAUUUCAGUGUAAGAGUGGCGAGUGCGUGGACGGCGGGAAAGUGUGUGAUGAUCAGAGGGACUGCCGGGACUGGUCGGAUGAGCCUCAGAAAGAGUGUGUUACACCAACAUUCCAGGGAAACAGGAGGAGGCCCAGGGGGCUGAACGAGUGUCUGCACAAUAAUGGUGGCUGUUCCCAUAUCUGCACUGACCUCAAGAUUGGCUUUGAGUGCACAUGCCCAGCAGGCUUCCAGCUUGUGGACCAGAAGACCUGUGGCGACAUUGAUGAAUGCCAGGACCCAGAUGCCUGCAGCCAGAUCUGUGUGAAUUACAAGGGCUACUUUAAGUGUGAGUGCCACCCUGGCUAUGAGAUGGAUACACUGACCAAGAACUGCAAAGCUGUAGCUGGCAAGAGCCCAUCCCUAAUCUUCACCAACCGACACGAGGUACGCAGAAUAGACCUGGUGAAGCGCGACUACUCGCGUCUCAUCCCCAUGCUCAAGAAUGUUGUGGCGCUGGACGUGGAAGUAGCUACCAAUCGCAUAUACUGGUGUGACCUUUCCUACCGCAAGAUCUACAGCGCCCACAUGGACAAGGCCAGUAUCCCGGACGAGCAGGUGGUCCUCAUUGACGAGCAGCUGCACUCUCCAGAGGGCCUGGCGGUGGACUGGGUCCAUAAGCACAUCUACUGGACUGACUCAGGGAAUAAGACCAUCUCAGUAGCCACAGCUGAUGGCCGCCGCCGAUGUACUCUCUUCAGCCGUGAACUCAGUGAGCCCCGAGCCAUUGCUGUUGACCCCCUGCGAGGGUUCAUGUACUGGUCUGACUGGGGGUUCAAAGCAAAGAUUGAGAAAUCUGGGCUCAAUGGUGCAGACCGGCAGACACUGGUUUCUGACAAUAUCGAAUGGCCCAAUGGAAUCACCCUGGACUUGCUGAGCCAGCGUCUGUACUGGGUGGACUCAAAGCUGCACCAGCUAUCCAGCAUUGACUUCAACGGAGGCAACAGAAAGAUGCUGAUUUUCUCCACUGACUUCUUGAGUCACCCUUUUGGGAUAGCUGUAUUUGAGGACAGGGUAUUCUGGACAGAUCUAGAGAAUGAGGCCAUCUUCAGUGCAAAUCGGCUCAAUGGCCUGGAAAUCUCCAUCCUGGCUGAGAACCUCAAUAACCCACAUGACAUUGUAAUCUUCCAUGAGCUGAAGCAGCCAACAGCUGCAGAUGCCUGUGAACUGAGUGCCCAGCCCAAUGGCGGCUGUGAAUACCUGUGCCUUCCUGCUCCUCAGCUCUCCAGCCACUCUCCCAAGUACACGUGUGCCUGUCCUGACACGAUGUGGCUGGGCCCAGACAUGAAGAGAUGCUACCGAGCACCUCAGUCUACCUCAACUACAACGUUAGCCUCUGCUAUGACAAGCACAGUACCUGCCACCACAAGAGCUCCUGGGACAACUGUUCAUGACCCUAUCUACCAGAACCACAGUACAGAGACACCAAGCUGGACAGCUGCUGUCCCAAACUCAGUUAGUGUCCCCAGGGCUCCCAGCAUCAGCCCGUCUACCCUAAGCCCUGCAACCAGCAACCACUCCCAACACUAUGGGAAUGAAGGCAGCCAGAUGGGCUCAACAGUCACUGCUGCUGUCAUUGGGAUCAUCGUGCCCAUAGUGGUAAUAGCCCUGCUGUGUAUGAGUGGGUACCUGAUCUGGAGAAACUGGAAGCGGAAGAACACCAAGAGCAUGAAUUUUGACAACCCAGUAUACAGGAAAACAACAGAGGAAGAAGAUGAAGACGAGCUUCAUAUCGGGAGGACUGCUCAGAUUGGCCACGUCUACCCUGCAGCAAUCAGCAGCUUUGAUCGCCCACUGUGGGCAGAGCCCUGUCUUGGGGAGACCAGAGACAUGGAAGACCCAGCCCCUGCCCUCAAGGAGCUUUUUGUCUUGCCGGGGGAACCAAGGUCACAGCUGCACCAACUCCCGAAGAACCCUCUUUCCGAGCGGCCUGUCGUCAAGUGCAAGCGAGUGGCAUUAAGUCUUGAAGAUGAUGGACUGCCCUGAGGACGGGACCACCCACUUCGUGCCUCAUGGAGUUCAGUCCUAUGCACGACUCUCUCUGGAUGGUGUGUGACUGGAUGAGUGCCAUUUCUACAUAUGGGUCUGUGUGAGUGUGUAUGAAUGUGUGUGUGUAACUUUUUUUAAAUUUAUGUUGCGGAAAGGUAACCACAAAGUUAUGAUGAACUGCAAACAUCCAAAGGAUGUGAAAGUUUUUAUAUGUAUAAUGUUUUAUACACUUUUUAACUGGUUGCACUACCCAUGAAGAAUUCAUGGGACAGCUACUGCUGAGUGACUAACAUGAUGUAUAUAACCAAACGGGGGCCAAUGGUACAAACUUUACUCAUCAUUUGAAUACUAUAUUUACAGAGGACAUUUGUUCUGAUUUGAGGGCUUUUUUAGGUUGGGGGAGCUUGGUUUUUUGUAAAUAAAAUUAUGCUUUGUGGCUAUCCAUCAACAUAAGUAUAAAAAGAAAGAACACUUCAACUCCCUUCCUCACUUAGAUUAUUUAUUAACAUAUUUCAAAAGUAAGGUUAGCUCUAUAGAUAAUUGAGAGAAGUGAGAGUAUUUAUUUUUGGUAUGACUGGCCCACUGCACAGACUCUGUGUUUAUGUAUGUAUGUUUGUAUGAAAGAAAAGAAAGAAUCUGUAGAGAAGAGGCACACUUAUGACUAUUGUUCAAAUACAUAAAAACAAAAUUAUUUUAAAACAUCCCACAAGAGGGGUAUCUAGUUUUCAGAGGCACCUUCAGAGACUUCAUUCAGAAAAUAGAUGCCACAGUUUGCACAGACAUGUGGUGGGAAAAGGUAGAUCUUUUCACCUCCGGCUACUCCUGAGGCCUUGGUGAGCCAGCAAGAGCUUUGCAGCUUGUCCAUGGCUAUCAUGACACCUGCCUAGGCUUUCUGAUCUGUGGUUCAGGUCAGUGUACAGAUAUUACACAGUGCCAGAAGUCCUCAUGAGUUCAAGAUAGCACAGUUCAGUGAGUCCUCUUAAAGUUCAGCUCUCUGUGAGGACUCAGGUUGACUUUCCUCUGAAGCACCUGAAGGCUGAGCCUCUAGACAGCAGUUCUCAACCUGUGGGUCAUGACACCUUUGGGGGCCAGAUGACC